GGAUGACGUUUGAGGUUAGAUUACACGUCCGAAACGUGCGGUAGUGUAAAAGCCGGAUAAAAAUUAUUAAAUCGAAGAUUCGGAUGGUUUCUAUUGAAAAUGGGCGAUCCGCAGAUCUCCUCAAUAUUGAAGGAUGUUUACUUCAAAAUGCAAGAAACCAGUCUGAAGGGGCGCAAAGAAUCUGUCGAUUAUAUUAUUGAAAAUUCUCCAAAUGAUUUGGAUGAAAACAGUGUCAAGGAAAUAUGUAAAGUACUUUACAUGGUGAUUCCAUUAUAUGAAGGUAGUUAUUCCCAACAUUUGAUUAAAAAAUUGCUACAUUUCAUUGCAAAUAAACAAAUCAAACCAACUAUCAAGUUUAUGUUACCCGUUUAUUUAAACAUAACAAAUCAGUAUAAAAGUUUAAUAGCAACAACAAGCACCUCCAAAAACUGCUUGUAUCUUUUGAGAUCUACUUGUAUAUUGUAUGAAUAUGCAUCUAAAAGUGAUAGAGAACUUUUACAAAUGGUUUUACCAAAAUUGGUUGAAAUACAAUCAAUUUUAUAUACCAGCAUUGCUUCAAUUGGAACUAAUAAAAGAACCUCGAAAGCUAUUGUAGCUUUGAAACAUUCUUGGCAAGCCAUUCCAGAUUCAGGAAAACUAUACUUAGACAUUCUUAAGUCAAUGGAACAAUCUCCAAAUGUUAUUAUUUUAUCUUCUGCAGUUUGCCAAUAUUUAUCCUCAAAUAAUGAACUAGAACAAAUUAAACCAUACAAGCCAUCCCUUAUUGACACCUUCAUAAAAUCUUUUGUAACUUGCAAAAAGAAACCUCAAAAAACCUAUGUUCAAGCUUGUUAUCCAUUCUUAAAAACGAUGACUUACGAUGAAUUUUCAAAAUCUUUACUGCCAGCUUUACAAAAAGCUCUUCUCAGAAGUCCUGAAGUUAUCGUGGAAUGUGUAGGUCUAGUUUUAGGUGGCUUAACAAUCGAUAUUAGUGAUUGUGCUUUUGAUAUUGGAAAAAGUUUAAGCGUUAAUUUACAUUCUACCGAUGAUUUAACCAGGGAUGAUGCAGUUUUUGCUUGCAAAAUGAUGGCGGAAAAAAUCAAAAGCGUUUCCGUACUUGAUAAGAUUGUUACUCACAUUUGUGGGGUUUUUAAUGGAUCUGAUGGGAAAUUAACGGUUAUUACACACAAAAUAAGCGUUUUAUUAGGUGUUGGAAAUCUUAGUUAUCACGACAUUAACGGUUCAAAUUCAAUUCAAUUAACAACAAACGUCAUCAAUCAAUUUGUAAAGAUAUUUGAGACUGAAGUUAACGAAAAGGUUCUUUGCUGCGCUUUAGAUGUUUUAGGAUUAUGGUGUGCUAAUUAUUGUGGCGAUAAUCCAAAAAAACUUAUUGAUUCUAUUAAGUAUGGUAUGGACAAUAAGAAUUCUACUCCAACUUUAAGGAUAUCAUACAUUAAAUUUAUGACCGUGCUAUUUAAAGGCAAUAGGAUUUCGCAUUCUUUACCAUUAAUUCCAACUUUACUAAAAAGUAUCGAUAGAGCUGUUGCUCAACCAGCCCAAGCGCCGAUUGUAACUGAAGGAUUAUUUGCUGCUUGUUUUAUUCUGAAAGUAACAGCUACAGAAACACCUAAAGACAAUUUACACAACUUUUGGAAUACUGUUUGUGAUUUAGAAAAGCAAUUAUUUCUUUCAGAAAAAUAUCUGUCUUUGGCAACUGAAGAAGCUUUUGAAUGUAUUUUUGAAUUAUCUGCAAAAUUACUCCUUGACUAUCAAGAAAAAAUUAAAGGAGAUCCUGAAGUGUUAUACAAAGCAAUGCUUUUCUGUCUAACAUCUGGAUCUUACGAAAAUUCUCGUCAAAAAUGUUUGAAUAUUGCCAAGAAGGAAUUAUCUAAAUUGGGAGGAGUUGCACUUAUUCGGAAUUUACUCCAACAAUUCACUAAAUUUGCGAACAAUAAAAUCCAAGUGAAAAACGAGAAAGAUUUCGACCAAAUUAUUCCAUCUAGUAUGUUUAUUACUUGCAUCACUACACUAUGUUCUCAAGUUCCUACAACAUCAGAAGACGUUAACUUGAUUGCUGUCGAUGCUUUGUUGCCUUGUCAUCAUCCAGUAAUUAUGGUUUCAAUGAAAAAUUUAUGGGAAACCAUUCUUAAACAUUUAAAAGUGUGCCCAAAAAAUUUGAUUGCACAACAUUCAGGGCAGAUUAAAAAACUUUUUAUUUAUGAAUAUGAAGAUUCUCAAGUUUAUGAAAAUGCUUUAACAAAAAUAACAUCUAUUAAUGCAAAUGUGAUCUUUGACGAUAUCGUUAUGUAUUCUAUCAGUCAUUUAUCCAAUCAAAAAAUUUUGGAAAUUACUAAAGAUGAUUAUUUCAUUUAUCUUACGCCUGAAGGAGAUCUUUAUGAUAAAAGCGUUUUACCUGGGGAUGAAUAUAAUAACGCAAUGAAUAUGAAACGCGAAAGUAAAGCGUAUAGUUACAAAGAACAACUUGAAGAGAUGCAACUUCGACGAGAAUUAGAAGACAAAAAGAAAAAGGAAGGGAAAGUUAAGGAACCUCAGUAUACACCUAAACAAUUAGAAGCGAUCAAAAAUCAAAAAGCUAAAGAACAGGCUAUUCGAGAAAAAUUAACUGAGUUAAACACGACACUUUUAAAAGUCGUUUCAAUGCUUCAAGCUUCGUUCUUGGGAAAUCCACAAUAUUGUUCAUUUCAUUUACGGUCUCUUUUGCCGUUCAUUUUGUCCAGUAUGCAAUCACCGCUAGCAGCCCCGCACCUUACGAAGUUGUACCUAAAUUUGAGAAAGGCUGUUUUUAGCGAACGGCUUAAUUUGACUGGAGAAAAAGUCGCAAAUUUGACGUUACGUCUUGAAAAGCCUAGUUGUGAUUUAGAUCCCGCUUGGCAAGAAUUUCCGUUAGAAGAAGCAAUGAACAAUUUGGUUGAAUACAUUCAUUUUAAAACUGUUAAAUCAAAACUUGGAUUACCGGUUGCUCCGUUAACAACUCCAGCUCUUGCGUAUUCUUUCAGUUUAUUGCGAAAUAUAAUUAUUGCGGUGUUUCGGAAAAAUGAAACGACAACUCAUAUGUGUUUGGAAAUAUUUUCUGAGCAUGUUAAAAUCGAUAAUGACGAUGAACUUUAUAGUCCAGUUCAUUUACCUCGAAAACAAAUGUUCGAGUUAUUAAUAGACCUUAUUGGUAAAACACAAGCUCGAUUACAAUCCCAAGCGGAAGUAACACUUUUAGACAUCGCAAACGCAUCUUCAACUAAUGCGACGAUGGAUGAAAUUGUCGUUCUUUUGGAAUCGUUAAAAAGUCAAGUGCAAGUCGUUAGAGAUGCUGGUUUAAGAGGACUUUUAGCGAUGAAAUCUUCCUUCCCAACCGCAGCUGUAACUGAAGAGGAUAUGUUGAGAAUCAGUAAACAAGUUUGGAUCACCAAGUUUGAUGUUAUCGAAGAAAAUAGGGAAUUGGCCGAAAAGCUUUGGCAAGAAGCCUAUUUAGAUUUUCCGCCAUGUUUUUGCACACAAUUAAUAAAAGAUUUGGAGUAUCCAGUUGAAUGCAUUCAAAUUGCUAUUUCUGAAGCACUUGCUGCUUUACUUAGUGAAGAUCGAGAGCAAUUAAAGUGUAUUCUUACUGAUUUGAUUAAACUGUAUAAGGAUAGGUUAAAUCUUAUUGCCCCAAAAUUGGAUGAGUUUGGAAGAGAAAUCGAAAAACCUAUCGACGUUUGGCAUCCGCGUAGAGGUGUAGCCCUAGCCUUGGGCCGAAUAGCUCCACUGUUAGAUUACGAUGUCAUUGGGGAGUUAAUAGAAUUUUUCGUAUCCACCUCUUUAGGGGACAGGCAAGAAAAAGUUCGAAAAGAAAUGUUAGCUGCUGCUUUAAAAAUUGUUGAUUUACACGGAAAAGACACAGUAAGCACUUUACUUCCAGUUUUUGAGAACUUCCUAGAUAAAUCUUCAAAACAAGCUCAUUUCGAUGCCGUAAAACAAGCAGUGGUUGUUUUAAUGGGAUCUUUGGCAAGACAUUUAGAUAAAGAUGACGCUCGAAUUAAACCGAUCGUUAUGAGGUUAAUCCAAGCUUUAUCGACACCAUCACAACAAGUACAAGAAUCCGUUGCGAAUUGUCUUCCCUUCUUAGUUCCAUCAAUUAAAGAUGAAGCUCCCGGUCUUGUGAAUAAAUUGCUUCAUCAAUUAAUUAAAAGCGAUAAAUACGGUGAAAGAAAAGGGGCUGCGUAUGGUUUAGCUGGUUUAGUAAAAGGAAUGGGUAUCCUAGCUUUAAAACAACUCGAUAUUAUGACGAAAUUAACUGAUGCUAUACAAGAUAAGAAAAAUUAUAAACAUCGUGAAGGGGCAUUAUUUGCAUUUGAAAUGUUGUUUCAAAUGUUGGGGAAAUUAUUUGAGCCGUACAUUGUUCAUGUACUUCCUCAUUUAUUGCAAUGUUUUGGUGAUUCUAGUCAAUACGUUCGUAAUGCAACUGAUGAUAUGGCUAAAGUUGUUAUGAGUAAACUCUCAGGACACGGUGUCAAAUUGGUCUUACCUGCUUUAUUAGGAGCUUUAGAAGAAGAUUCAUGGCGAACAAAAACCGGUUCUAUUGAACUUCUCGGUGCGAUGGCUUAUUGUGCUCCAAAACAAUUAUCAUCCUGCCUUCCUAGUAUCGUUCCAAAAUUAAUCGAGGUUCUUAGUGAUUCCCAUACAAAAGUCCAAGAAGCUGGCACCGAAGCUUUGCGCGUUAUCGGCUCUGUUAUUAGAAACCCAGAAAUUCAAGCGAUCGUUCCGGUUUUACUUCAAGCAGUGCAAGAUCCAUCAAAUAAAACCUCAAAUUGUUUACAAGUUCUUUUAGAUACUCAAUUCGUACAUUUUAUCGAUGCACCAUCUUUAGCUUUAAUCAUGCCAGUUGUACAAAGAGCUUUUAUGGAUCGAUCUACAGAAACAAGAAAAAUGGCAGCACAGAUUAUUGGAAAUAUGUACUCUUUAACUGAUCAAAAAGAUUUAGCACCAUAUCUUCCUACAAUUAUACCUGGACUUAAAACAUCAUUACUCGAUCCAGUCCCAGAAGUAAGAAGCGUUAGUGCACGAGCGCUUGGUGCGAUGGUUCGUGGAAUGGGAGAAUCCAGCUUUGAAGAUCUCCUGCCAUGGUUAAUGCAAACUUUAACAUCAGAAAGUAGUUCUGUUGAUCGUUCCGGAGCUGCUCAAGGUUUAUCAGAAGUCGUUGGAGGUCUUGGAGUUGAAAAACUCCAUAAAUUAAUGCCCGAAAUCAUUGCUACAGCUGAACGCACCGAUAUAGCCCCUCAUGUCAAAGAUGGUUACAUCAUGAUGUUUAUUUACAUGCCGGUAGUAUUUACCACGGAAUUCACUCCAUACAUUGGACAAAUUAUUAAUCCAAUUCUAAAAGCAUUAGCUGACGAAAACGAAUACGUUCGAGAUACAGCCUUAAAAGCCGGACAACGCAUCGUUAAUCUCUAUGCAGAUUCAGCAAUUUUGUUAUUACUUCCAGAGUUAGAAAGAGGAUUAUUUGAUGAUAAUUGGAGGAUUCGCUACAGUUCUGUACAAUUAUUAGGAGAUCUUUUGUAUAGAAUAUCUGGCGUUACUGGAAAAAUGAGUACUGAAACUGCAAGUGAAGAUGAUAAUUUUGGAACUGAACAAUCUCAUUUGGCAAUUAUUCAAGCUUUAGGCGCCGAACGUCGAAAUAGAGUUCUUGCAGGGCUUUAUAUGGGGCGUUCUGAUGUCGCUUUAAUGGUACGCCAAGCUGCUCUUCAUGUUUGGAAGGUUGUUGUUACAAAUACACCAAGAACAUUAAGGGAAAUUUUACCAACUUUAUUCAGUUUGUUAUUGGGUUGUUUAGCUAGUGAUAGUUAUGAUAAACGACAGGUUGCUGCAAGAACUUUGGGUGAUUUAGUUCGAAAAUUGGGUGAAAGAGUACUUCCAGAAAUCAUCCCGAUUUUAGAACACGGAUUAAAAUCGGACCAACCCGAUCAAAGACAAGGCGUUUGUAUUGGUUUAUCUGAAAUAAUGACUUCAACGUCUAAAGAAAUGGUGUUAACGUUUGUUAAUUCUUUGGUGCCAACUGUUCGAAAAGCACUUUGCGAUCCUUUACCGGAAGUUCGUCAAGCUGCCGCGAAAACUUUUGAUAGUUUGCAUUCCACAGUUGGUUCACGAGCUUUAGAUGAUAUUUUACCACCGAUGCUUAAUCAAUUAAAUAAUUCUGAUGACGCUCAGCUUGUUGAAUGGACUUUAGAUGGGUUACGUCAAGUUAUGGCAAUUAAAUCUAGGGUUGUAUUACCGUAUUUGGUCCCUCAAUUAACAGCACCUCCACCAAAUACAAAAGCCCUUUCCAUUUUAUCUUCAGUGGCUGGUGAAGCUUUGAAUAAAUAUCUUCCAAGAAUUUUACCAGCAUUGCAAACAGCUUUAGCAGACGCUAUUGGGACUCCAGAAGAAACUCAACAACUUGAAUACUGCCAAGCUGUGGUUUUGUCUGUUAUGGACGAAACUGGAAUCAGAACAGUAAUUGAUACAUUACUUGAGAGUAGCCGAACUACCAACGUAAAACAACGUAAAGGAGCCGUUACACUUUUAUGCGCAUUUUGUGCUAAUUCGAAAGCGCAAUACACCACUCAUGUACCGCAAUUACUUCGAGGAAUUGUUCAUUUGUGUACUGAUAGUGAUAAAGAAAUUUUAAGGACAGCUUGGGAAGCUUUAAAUGCAGUUACAAAAUCAUUAGAUUCAAAACAACUUUCCACUUAUGUACCUGAUGUGCGUCAAGCAGUAAGAUACGCAAUUUCCGAUAUGAAAGGAACUUCCGAUACGUUACCAGGUUUUUGUCUACCAAAAGGAAUUUUACCAAUCCUACCGAUUUUCCGCGAAGCAAUUUUAAAUGGAGACGGAGACGAAAAAGAAGCCGCUGCUCAAGGUUUGGGUGAAGUUAUUAAAGUAACCAACGCUCAAGCGCUUCAACCGUGUGUUGUUGCCAUAACUGGACCUUUAAUUAGGAUAUUAGGGGAUAGGUUUAGUGCAAAUGUUAAGAUUGCUGUUUUGGAAACGUUAGCCCUCUUAUUAGCUAAGGUUGGUGCAAUGCUUAAACAAUUUAUACCCCAACUUCAAACAACGUUCCUAAAAGCGUUAAACGACCAAAACCGUACUGUUCGAUUAAAAGCAGCUGGAGCUUUGAGUCAUUUAAUAUCGAUUCAUCAAAAACCAGAAACAUUAUUUUUGGAAUUACACGGAACGGUUAAAAGCUGCGAAGAAUCGGCUAUAAGAGAAACAACGUUACAUGCUUUAAGAGGAAUUGUUGCUCCUGCUGGAGAUAAAAUAUCCGACUCCUUAAGAAAACAAAUUCACAGUACUUUAAUUGGAUUACUUAGUUAUCAAGAAGAUACCACUCGCUUAAUAGCAGCUGGUUGUCUUGGUGCUUUAUGUAAAUGGUUACCUCCAGAACAAUUAAAUGCCACAAUUACAGAACAUAUUUUAACUGAUUCAUCUUGCGAUUGGAUGUUAAAACAUGGAAGAGCUGCAGCUUUAUCAGUAUCUCUGAAAGAAUGUCCCGAAGUUAUGUGGGUAGAACAAUACCAACCCAAGAUAGAAAAAACAAUUUUAUCACAAUUAACAUCAGAUACAAUGGUGGUUACUCAAACAGCAAUAAGAUCAUGCGGUUAUCUUCUACAGUAUUUGAUGAUGAAUGAUUUAACACUUCCAAUUAAUGUACUUGGACCGUUUGUAAAGCAAAUGAAUAACAAUAGUAACGAUGUAAAACAGUUAUUUGCAAAAGUCUGUAUUCAUUUGGCAAAAAUAGUACCCGCCAAUAAAAUGACGCCUGAAUUUCUGAAGUUAUUACUUCCAAUGCUGGUCAAUGGAACGAAAGAAAAGAACAGCUAUGUGAAAGCGAAUUCGGAGAUCGCGUUGAUUGCCGUUUUACGAUUAAAGGAAGGUGAUGAAAUGAAUCAAAAAUGUUUAAGUAUUUUGGAUAUUGGAGCAAGGGAAUCACUUCAGGAUGUAAUCAGCAAGGUGUUGAAGAAAAUUAUGCUUCAACCGGAGGGCAAAGAAGAUGAACUAGACGACACCUUACUGACUUGAUCAAAUGGGUGUUUAUCGUACGAUUUAAGUCUGAUAGAUGUUGUUCGUUCGAUUUUUAUUUUCAACUUCUUUAACUUUAUUAUGACUAUUAGCUCUUUAAUAACGUUAGGAUUAUUAUUGUACAUUUUGUAUCUUUACCAUCAGAAUACAAACUGUUUAUUUAACACACAACCCUUGAAAUUUUGUUACAGUGCUCCCGUGCGUUAUACAUAUAAAAUAAAAUUUAGUAUUGAAAUA